CUGGCAGUCAGUUGGUCGCCAUUGUUCAGUGUCGUUGCUCGGCGGCGGUCGUCGCUCGGGGGCUUUGGGGACAUUUGUAAACAAAGUUUUUAAUUAAAUUGUCAUUAAAAGUGUACCAACAAUUGUGUAUUGCGUAUCAUUUUCUUCGGGCCCAGUGUAGGGGUGAGAUCGGUACACCAUUAACGGCAUUAUACACACGCACGUGUUUCAAAUGUACGAAAGGUGCAUCACGCUCGAAGUAUUGCGUGUGACAGUGUGUGCAACGAGUUUAGCUCUGGCUGGUGGUGAAUAGCAAAAUUGAUUCGUCUACGUAAAUCGGAAAUCAAAACAUGCGAUAAACAAGAUUUUUCCAGAAAAGUGUGCCCACGUCUAAUAAGACAUCCCGUUUGAACGGCGUACGGCAGUGUGUUGUGUGUGUGCGUGCGUGUGCAUGUGGUAAAUGUGCGUGGGGGAAGGUUGUUUUCCCAGCUGUUCGCCAAGAAGUCGGUUCGAAUCGAAUUUCAUUUCCAAAUGUAACUUCCACCACGCUCAAGAAACCAGUAGAAGUGAAGCAAGAAUAAAGAAAACACGCAACGACCCCGCGGAAGGAUCGUAUUGUUUGCCGUUGUCGCUGAUCAAACACCGUUAAGCUAAGCUUACUGCGAUCGUUGGGGCCGUGGGGUUGUGCUUGCUUACUUGACGAGCGAAUGCUGUGCGUGUGCUGUGGUGAGCAGUGAAGCGAGCGGCCCCGAGAUGGAUCGAACGUGCUAUGGAAAAUUUGACCCAGGAGCUCGUCAACCGUACCGCUGUACACUAAGAGAUCGCGGCAUAGCGCCAGGAUAUGCACUUCUUGCCGACCUUCAGAACACGGUCCCCGGACACAAUCAGCAGCAGCAUGGUGGUGGUGGUGGUGGUGGCGGCGGCGGUGGCUCAUCCGUUCCCGGAUAUGGUAGCUUGAAUGGAGUUCGGAACAAGCAGCAGACGAGUCCCGUUCCGCAAACAUAUCAAAACACCACCGCCAAAACGGUAACCGAGUCGCGUGCGACCAACGGGUACAAUGGCUCACUGCCCAGGUCGACGACACCGCACAACUCCUUGCCACGGUCCAGCACGCCCCAGAAACUGCAAACGUCUGCUUCCGGCAAUCUGUCCGAGCUGGAUUCGUUGCUGCAGGACCUGAGCAGCGCCCGGUACGGCAAUGUCGCCGAGAAGCAACCUAGCAACGCCAUCGUCACUAGUCCAUCUCCGUAUGCCAUUAAUGAUAGCAUUAAGCGACCGUCGGUCGACAGCUUGCUGGAGGAGCUGAGCAAUGCGCACUCCAACCCAAUCUAUGCGGUCCCGCACGGGAAUCAAAAUGCAAAUCAACCCGGUCGGCAAGUCACGAUAACGGUGCGUGAAACUACGACGGAAAAGCUUACCGGUACACCAAGCGCACAGUAUCAAAAUCAGCUGUACCAACAACAGCUGGCCCAAAACGAGUCGCACACUUCGUCGGCCACGAAGGAAUUGGACGAUCUGAUGGCGUCACUGUCGGACUUCAAGAUCAGUGCCGGCACGUCGCACCAGCACCAGUCGGUGACGGACUACGCGAAGCCAAACCAGGGCACCUCGCACUACCAGAGCACGCUGACGACGGUCUCGACCACCGAGCAUCUGCCGCCGGCCUCGUCCGAUCAGCUCGAUUCUAUGCUCGGCAACCUGACCGCCGACAUGAGCCGCCAGGGUGUGAACACGACGCAGAAGGGCUGCUGCAACGCGUGCGACAAACCGAUCGUCGGGCAGGUGAUAACGGCCCUCGGCAAAACGUGGCACCCGGAGCACUUUACCUGCAACCACUGCAACCAGGAGCUGGGCACGCGGAACUUCUUCGAGCGCGACGGCAACCCGUACUGCGAGCCGGACUAUCACAACCUGUUCAGCCCCCGGUGCGCCUACUGCAAUGGGCCGAUUCUCGAUAAAUGUGUCACAGCGCUCGAGAAAACGUGGCACACGGAGCACUUCUUCUGCGCCCAGUGCGGCCAGCAGUUCGGCGAGGACGGGUUCCACGAGCGCGACGGCAAGCCGUACUGCCGCAACGACUACUUCGACAUGUUCGCGCCGAAGUGCAACGGGUGCAACCGGGCCAUCAUGGAGAACUACAUCUCCGCCCUGAACAGCCAGUGGCAUCCGGACUGUUUCGUGUGCCGGGAUUGCCGCGAACCGUUCCACGGCGGUUCAUUCUUCGACCACGAAGGGCUACCGUACUGCGAGACGCACUAUCACGCGAAGCGUGGAUCGCUCUGUGCCGGCUGCUCGAAACCCAUCACUGGCCGCUGCAUUACCGCCAUGUUUAAGAAAUUCCACCCGGAGCAUUUCGUGUGCGCGUUCUGUCUGAAGCAGCUAAACAAGGGCACGUUCAAGGAGCAGAACGAUAAACCUUACUGCCACCAGUGCUUCGAUAAGCUGUUCGGCUAGAGCGAUGAUUUAGAGGGUCGGUUGUGGUCGUCUUCCCUUCUUCUUGAAAGAAACAUUAUUACUGAAGGGAGUGUGGGGGGGGGGGAUCCUUUAUGAUAGGGGACGUUUUGGAGCGUUACCGAUUGUCACAGCAACAGAGUUUUCAUGUCACGUUUUCUUUUUUUUACUGCGUAGCGUCACUUCAUUAACACAUCCAAAUUUAAGCUUAAAAAUGAUUUUUUUGUAUUAUCUUUAACUUAAAAGAUGUUUUUUUGACGGUCACUAUUACAUACACGAUGGGUCCCACGAACCGUUCUAAAAUCGAUCUAAGUCUAAGUGCGUCAAUUAAUAAUUAGCAAGGUUACUGCGGUGCGUGCACGCAGUUUGAAGAUGAGUAGAGGAUCCCUCUGCAUCGCCCAAGAUCCCUCUCACUACCCCACGAGCACACAGGACAACACUUCCAAUCGGAGUGGAGAACGGCUCUAGACGUAUUAGUAGAGUGUAUUGUGUGUUGUAUGAUGAGAUGAAGCUUACAAAAAUGUGUUGAAGUUGAAUACUAACCGCGCGAAACGAUAAUUAUGCAUUCACAUGUAAACCCGGGACUGUUCUCCCCCUGUUCGUUGUUCUCCUUAACAAAACUAAAAGGCUGCACUCAUCGACUAGUGAUGUAGUCCGCGCAGCCGUACGAAAGUAUCCUAUCCGUACGACGAGUAGCAACGAGAGAAGUUUAAUGAUUUGCUGGCAAAAAAAGAAGCAGUCAAUGAUAUACAUAUAUACCAGCAGAAGCGAUAACUUAUGUAGCUGUAGCUAGCAAUCUGGAGCAAAGUAAGUAAAAAAUCGUAUUUUACUAUUUAACCCUGUUUUCGGCUCGCGUAAGCUGCCAGCCUGCGGAGAGAGAGAGAGAUAGCAUGUAUCUUAUAUUUGUGUUACGAAAAAAAAAAUCGCGUUACAAAGUUUUCCUCUAACUCCGAUUCUAUCGUUAUACAAAACCAACUAGCCAUUAUAGUGGGAAUUCCAGCAGCAGUAAAAAUAGUCAACGAUUUUCCUCUAAAAUGAUACACAAGUGAAAACACUACCUAACCCUUGCCAUUUUUUUUUGUCGCACAACCUUUGGUAGAAAGGAAGGAACAUGCGGAAUGAAAAAAAUCCGUUUGAACUAAAUCAUCCUGUAACACAUGCCAAUAAUAAUAGUAAUAAACGAAACCAACGUUGAACUUUCUGUUCACAUAAUUGAA